CCUUAAUCUAAAGCCAUGAGCUUAAUACAAGACCUCCUUAGAGUCUGACUUAGCAAAAGUUGAACAAGCAUCAACUUACCUGAGUACAAUGUCCUCGCCUACUUAUAUCAUUGUCGGCUCUGGUGUCUUUGGCGCAUCAACCGCACUUUAUAUGAUUCGCAAAUACCCCCACGCUUCCGUCACACUGAUCGACCGUGAUAACUUCACUGCUGCCACUCGCGUCGCAGCAUCAUGGGAUUGGAACAAAGUCAUACGAGCCGACUACAACGAGAUCGUCUACACCAAAUUAGCCCUCGAGGCACAACAACUUUGGCGGACAGACCAAAUCUGGCAACCUUUCUAUCACGAAAGUGGGGUCGUCUAUAUCACGCACUCUAAGCUCGCAGAGAAAGUGAUCAAGAACUUUGAUGAUUUGGGAGUUAAGGUCGAUGUUCGUGCAUGCUCUGUUGAGGAGACUCGUACUUUGUAUGACGGCGCAUUUGCUGACGCUGAUUACACGAAUAUCAAAGAGGUACUCGUGAACAGAACCAGCGGGUGGGCAGAGGCGAAGGAAGCAUUGCAAAGUACUAUUCAGACUGCCGUUGAUCUUGGAGUCAAGUAUAUAACAGCUGAAGUGACGGCUGUCGAGUUCGUGGGUGGUCCAGAAAACCGAAUUUGCCGUGGUGUCAAGACUUCCACCGGAGAGAUAAUUACCGCAGACCACAUCAUUCUCUGCACGGGAGCUUUCACCCCAAGGUUGCUUAUGGACAGCGCUCCAGAGUCAGCAGAACUUCACGCAGGCAGUAGGAUACAGGCUUCUGCUGUUACUGAAGCCAUCGCUCCGUUGAUUGAACAGCAACGUUCAUUUCUAGAGACCAUGCCCGUCGGCGUCAACGACAACCCCACUGCAAACGGAUGUGAUUAUGGAUGUCUGCCUUUGCCUAAGCUGAAUGCUUUCAAGUAUUGGGGUCAAGUCAUAUUCCGAAACACUGUCGAGCAUCCCAUCACUAAAGAGUCUCUGUCCAUGCCACCAAGCGGGCCGAACUACAACCAGUGGGACGUGCCAUUGGCUUUGAAAGAGGAUGUUCGUGGAGGACCUAGAUCUGUUCUUGGCAACAAAAAUCUCAGUGACAGAUUUGAAGAGUUCAGAAUUUGCUGGGAGGCUCUGACUCCAAGUGCGGACUUCAUCAUUUCGCCUCAUUCUGCAUGCAGUGGUCUGUUCAUUGCUACUUGUGGGUCGUUUCACGGUUUCAAGUUCUUGCCAAUUCUCGGAAAGUAUGUAGUUGAAAUGCUGGCUGGCGAGCUGGAUCCGAAUUUACAAAAGAGAUGGGCAUGGGAUCGAGAGUUGCCACCCACAGAAGAUAACAAGCAGUGGUCGACGAAGGAGUUGAAAGAUCUUUCAGGCUAGGGAGUGUCAUCUAUCUGAAGAAUGAAGCGAUUUUCAGCUGGCAUUGUAAAGAACGUUCUAUCACCCCGCCAUUCGAGUGGAUGUACCAAAAGGCUCAAUUUCCUUGUCGGUUCCAAAGCAAAGAGACUAUUUCGCAAGAUGUCCC